AUGCGCCCUCCGCGAAUGCUUUUUGGGGUAAGGGCUUCCCGGGUAGGUAGUUAUGUACAGGGGAAAGGAGACGAGAGAAGAGCGGGAGGGAAGGAUGGAUGGAUAGAAGGAAGGAAGGAGGAAGGAAAAAAAAAAAAAAAAAAGAGGAAAAAAAGGCCCUCUCCAUGUUCAAUUAGUCACCAAAUCCGCGACAAGAGCACGUCCAAGAGUGCGGCCGGGCCAGCCCAGAUCCCUUCUCGCUUCUGCCGCUCCCCGAGCCCCUCUCCGGGAAUCCUCUGCCAAAGGGGCGCCGUUAAGCUAAGGACCAGCCUCGCCGCGGGGUACCCCGGGCGCAGAGCCGCUGCUCCCCCCGACGGGGGCGCCCCAGGCCGCCUGCCGCCUCGCGGCGGGCAGCCGGGGACACGGGGACCUGCCGCUGCCUUCUCCCCUGUUCCCCCGCCUCAGCGCGGGGAGCCAGCCAGACCCGAGGGGCGACCCUUCGGCGUCGGCGGGGGACGCGGGACGUCCCCUCCCCUCCGCUCCUUAGCGCCGUCCUGGGCGCUGAGCCACCCGCCACCGCCGCCGGCGAGGACACCGCUUGCUAAAAGUUUCCAGGACAUGUCACUGAACUCCAGAGGUCUUCUGCUGAAAGCCUGCGGGGAACCAGAGGCCCCGCCAGCGCCCGGCGGCAACGGGAGCAAGACAAACACACGUCCGCGUCGCGGCCCGCCCGCCCGCCGGCAUCCCGCACGAGUUGGGGCACAGACCCGCGGGGGACCGAGUGUACUCGCAUCCCGGCCCGAACUCCAGAACUUGCAGGUCCACCACUGCCCCGCGGCGGCAAAGGGUCCCACGCGAGCGGCACGGGAGAUGCACGCGUGACGCCCCCGCGCGCGUCCCAUCCCGCACGGCCGCGGCUCCCUCCCGGCGCUCCUGCCCGCCGGGCGGCACGACGGCCCGCGCCUCCCGAGCCCCCGGCGAACCCAGCGGCAGCGGCGCGACGGAGCGGAGCGGAGCGCAGGCAGGACGGGCAGGGCGGCCGGGGCAGCGCAGGCAGCAGAAGUUUGAAAACCUCCAGCACUUACCUGGCGGGGCGCGUCCCUGGCCGCUCCGGGGAGUCCCGCGCGGGGUGCAACCAUCACCAACAGUGUUUUGGUGGUUUUUGGUGGGAUUUUUUUUUUUUUGGAAAGCCCAAAAGCAAAGCGUCCCUUCCUCCAGGUGUGUAUAUAAGUUACUGUACUGUGUGGGAGGGUCACGAUCUCACUAGGUGCAGAAGAUUCCCCAGGAUUAACCCCUCCUCUCCCUACCCCUUCUGCAACUUGUUGAGGAUUUUAUACACACACGCGCGCAGGCACGGGCACACGGGCACACACGCACACACACGGACGGGAGAGCAAGGAGAAAGCGAGCUCCGCGGAGUCCGGCUGCCCCCCGACGCCGUUGUGAUUGGAUGGUCUUUUCAUGGAGAGGGGACGUCUCAAGUCGAAGUCACGAUUUCUCCUCAGUUUGGAACCAUCUGUGACUGGAGCCAUGACGCAGCCAGAGCACAUUACUCACUUUUACAGUCACGACUUGGAAAUCCGUGCAGUUUCCAACCAAAAUUACACCGCCACCAUUGAAUUAUUUAAUAGGAUCCAGUUAAGGAUUAGAGCCAUUGCAUGCGGUCUUGGCCAGGAGGUGCUCUCACCCCAGCCCAGUGUGCUGUGCUAUACUGAUGUUCAUGGCUGCAUCAUGCCAUUGUCUGCAGGAUCCGCAAUUGUUGCUGGGCUUUGUGUGGUAGGUGCACCAUUUUCUAAGCUUGCUUUUACCGCCAGGCUAUGGCUAAACGUGCUCCGGGGGAAGCUCCUUCCUUGGCUAUUGUCUGCCUCGUGCGUUUUCCAUCCUUUGCAGGUCUGAGUCUGCGGCUAAGCCCCCUUCCACGGCGGUUUCGGAGGGGAUACCAUUGUCCGGGAUAACGAGGUGGUGCAUGUGAGUGCCAGACGGUGUUUCCUUGUCUCUUUUAAUGCAAUCUGAUGACAUGCCUUUGCUAGCCGGAAUGCCUGCGAACCUGCAUGCUCGUAGCCUAGCGAGAACUUCCCCGGCUCUCAGAAGCGGUGAGGGCAUGACGGGUGGUUGCAGCACCGAGGUAACCCUACAUAGCUACUCCGUAUACACCACAACAAUCCCCCACUACUUCGCCUCUAAUUCAGUCAUUCCACCAACUCCUCUGGUGAGGAUAUGACUAAGGACGCGAAGGACGGGCAAUAAUAAAAACAGACGCUCGCACACACACGAUCUGCAGAAAGUGUGAGCACUUAGAGGGGAAAAAUGAGGUGGGAGGAGAAGGGGUGAGUCCAAAUAAAGCAACCUAUAGCCUCUUA